CCUCCGAGCAUUUCUGCUCUGCUCAGCUCCCGUGAAAACUGUGUUUUUGAACUCCUGACGUGUGUGUGAGACUCAGAGUUUUAUAUAUGUGUGUGUGUGUGUGUGUGUGUGUGUGCAGGGCUGUGUGUUUAUCUAAGUGGAGUUGAAGUGCAGCCGUUCAUCAGUGGAGCUGCCUGCAGACAGGGGAAUACUCAGAUCUUGCUGCGCUGCUUUUUAACUCACACACCAGCUGCUUAUUGGACUUUUUUCACACCCACUGGACUUUUUUCUUUUGCACCAAUCUGGGACUCUGCUACUGGUCUCCUUUUUUUUUUGCCCUCCAGCCACGAUUCCCAUCACUGGAAUUAUUUUUUUCACAGCUCCUUAAAGGGAUUCUUAUUGCCCUGAAUUUGAUUUAUUGGCUGUCACUUUUUGUCCAUACUUUCCACACUUCUUCAUUGAUUUCAUACAUUUUGAACCUUAAGAAUGGGCGUUUUGGAAGCGCAUAAGUGGAGUUCGGUGAUUGUGUUUAGUUGUGCGUUGAACUAUGGGAAGACUAUGACACGUUAAAGAGGGACAGAAAAAGUUUUGCCACGAUGAAAUCCGUCAGUGCUGUCAGAGGCUUGUUGGGCUCAGGUGGAUGCUGAUCCCAACCUGGAAUGCUCUGAAAUCUUCGUUCUUGGCUCUUGUUCCCUUGGAAAUGAACAGCAAGGUCUCCAUGCCCAUGUGUGAUGUCUUUGUCCUGUCCUGGAUGUGAGAGGUGAACUUUGUCGUCCUUCAGGAGAGUAUAUCCAUAGACCUCUUCAGAAGAAAAAAAGAUUACACCGAGUAAGACCUGAAAAGGAAAGCUGGAAGAGAGAUGAAUUGAAGCUCCCGUUCUUUUCAACGAGCUCUCGUCCCUGUACGAAUAAGAAGACAACCAGACAGAGCUGAACUACAUAAAUCAAUAAACAUCUUAUACUGAGCAUUAUAAAGACACCACUUUGAAAAAGAGGAAUUUGCUUCAAGUGUUCCAAGAUGAUGACCGUGAUGAUGAUGAUGGUGGCCAUGAUGGUCACCUGCAGCUCCCUGUUGCUGCUGGGGCUGGCUGCUGCCCACGCCUCCUCGAGCACCAUGACUCGUGCUUCCUCUUCGUCUACAUCCUCCUCAUCCUCCUCGUCUUCUUCGUCUUCAUCAUCGUCCUCACCACGUAUGAAGCUUUCUUACAAAGACCUGCAGCAGUUUCACGGAGUGCGGCGGUUUGAGCUGGAACGUUCCUGCUGCUUCAGCGCCCUGCUGCUGGACGAGGAGCGGGGCCGACUCUUCGUCGGGGCCAAGAACUUCUUGCUGUCCCUCUCAUUGGACAACAUUGCCAAACAAGAUCACAAGAUCUACUGGCCCGCCCCGGUGGACUGGAGAGAGGAGUGUAACUGGGCCGGGAAGGACAUCACUUCUGACUGCGUGAACUAUGUGAAGAUCGUGCACCACUAUAACCGCACCCACUUAUACGCCUGUGGAACUGGGGCUUUCCACCCCACCUGUGCCUUUGUGGAGGUGGGACACCGGAUGGAGGACCACGUGUUCAGGAUCGACCCUUCGAAAGUGGAAGAUGGGAAAGGGAAGAGUCCGUAUGAUCCUCGACAUAACGCCGCAUCUGUGCUCGUCGGUGAUGAGCUGUAUGCAGGCGUGGCCACAGACCUGAUGGGACGGGACUUCACCAUCUUCAGGAGUCUGGGGCCGCGGCCCUCCAUUCGUACGGAGCAGCACGACUCACGCUGGCUCAACGAACCAAAGUUUGUUGGUUCCUUUUGGGUCCCUGAGAGCGAAAACCCAGACGACGACAAGGUCUUUUUCUUCUUCCGGGAGACGGCGGUCGAAGCUCAGGGUUUGGGAAAGUCCACUUAUUCCCGAAUUGGACAGCUUUGCAGGAAUGACAUGGGUGGUCAGCGAAGUCUGGUGAACAAGUGGACAACAUUCCUGAAGACGCGUCUCAUUUGCUCGGUACCGGGGGCCGACGGCAGCGACACAUACUUCGACGAGCUGCGCGAUGUGUUCCUGCUGCAGACGAGGGACAGAAAGAACCCUCUGGUCUACACCGUCUUCUCCACCUCCAGCAGCAGUGUGUUUAAAGGCUCGGCUGUGUGUCUCUACUCAAUGAACGACAUCCGGAGGGCCUUCCUGGGCCCCUUUGCUCACAAAGAGGGACCCAACUACCAGUGGGUCCCCUUCCAGGGAAAAGUCCCCUAUCCCCGCCCAGGAAUGUGUCCCAGCAAGACAUUUGGGAGUUUUGAGUCCACAAAAGGCUUCCCAGAUGACGUAAUUCAGUUUGCGCGUCACCACCCUCUGAUGUACAACCCGGUCUAUCCCAUGAGCCGGCGGCCCGUCUUCGUCAGGACCAACGUGGACUACAGCUUCACCCAGAUCGCUGUGGACAGAGUCAAUGCUGCUGACGGACAGUAUGACGUCAUGUUUAUUGGCACAGAUAAAGGGACCGUUCUCAAGGUGAUUAAUGUCCCCAAGGAAAGCUGGAACAACAUGGAGGAACUUCUACUGGAAGAACUGGAAGUUUUCAGAGACGCCUCGUCUAUCAUCAACAUGCAGAUAUCCUCCAAACGGCAACAGCUGUAUGUCGGCUCCGACACAGGCAUCGUCCAAGUCCCCCUCCACCGCUGCAGUGUGUACGGGAAGGCCUGCGCCGAGUGCUGCCUGGCCAGAGACCCGUACUGCGCCUGGGACGGGACAUCCUGUACUCGCUACCUGCCAAACACAAAGAGACGUUUCCGCCGCCAAGAUGUGAGGAAUGGAGACCCAAACACCCUCUGCUCUGGAGACCACCAUAAGCACCGGGUUGCAGAGAAAAAGCUGUAUGGAGUUGAAGGAAGUAGCACCUUCUUGGAGUGCAUCCCCAAAUCCCUUCAAGCUCGAGUCACAUGGACCUUCCAGAAACAUCUACAGAACCCCCGAGAAGAGGUACGUCUAGAUGAACGCAUCCUCCAGACAGACAGGGGCCUCCUGAUUCGCCGUGUCCUAAAGAGAGAUAUCGGCAUCUACCAGUGUCACGCUAUGGAGCAUGGCUUCACCCAAACAUUACUAGGCAUCACUUUGGAUGUUGUACCUUCAACAUCCUCCUCCAAUCUACCUUUGGACGCCUCUGUUCGAUUAGAACCCCGCAGCGGAGGCGGGUCCUCAAUGACCAAUCAGAAGCUUUGGUACCGGGACUUCAUGCAGUUGGUGGACCACCCCAACCUAAGCACCGUUGACCAGAUUUGCGAGCAAGUUUGGGCACGCAAAAACGCCGGUAGUGACCAGGCGGUUAAGAGUUUUCCCGCCCCGGGGAGGGACAUCCUGCCUCUGGCUACGGCUGUCCGCCCUGCUAACAAGAAGUGGAAGCAUCUCCAGGAGAUCAGGAAGGGGAGAAACCGCAGGACCCACGAUGGAAAACCGAACCCUCGGGCCCCACGCAGUGCAGGGGAGUAAUGAUGGAGAGAAAGAGAUGGAGGGAGAAAAGAGUGACUGAUACAAGAGGGAGGACAAUGAAAGAAACAGACUGAGAACUCAUGGAGGUGUUAAGAUAUACAGAUACACACACACACACACAAACACACACAUAAACACACUCAGACACAGCACCUCUUUUAAUGUAUAUAUUUAUCUGUGGAUGCCCCACUACUAUAUGGUACACCAUCCCAAGUCCUCAUCCCUUUGACCAGCCCCUGCAUGUGCUGCCUUACUGCUCAAACUGAUUCUGCACGAUCCCUUUACACCAUUUCACUAGAAACCUUGAGUGUAUAGCAGAUAUUUGGGAGUACAUCCAUCCGUGGGCAAUAAAUGUACACUCACCCUGUUCAUUUCCUUCGCUGAUAGAUGGAAGCCAUGUUCACGCACAGUGAGCACAUCUUAAAACCUAUUAGAAACCAGCUACACGGUUCCUGUGUUUAGUACAGUAGGUCGCUGGCUCAAAAAAAAAGUAACCCAAAUUUUUGGAUGAACUCUCUCGCCCAAAGAUUUCACACUGGUGUAGCAGACACAAGUGAGGAGAAACAUGGAGCAAUGUGACAACUGGAACAUACUGAAAAAGUUUGGUCUGUAACUGGAAAAACGUGAAGAUGGUAUUUAUGUUUAAUUGCACAAACGUGCAGGAAGAUUAGCAUUUUGUGAAACCCGAAUAAUGGACAGACUGUUCAUCUUCCUGUGAUCCAAUUGGUGCACAUAUUUCCAUCCCACUUUUCAUACAUUUUGUGUGUUUUAUUACAUAACGCAAUCAAAAAGAGAUGCUUGCACCUGUGGAACAAAUCAGCAUGUGGAAAGCCGCUUAUUUUGUUCAUUUUUAUUUUUGUUUUAAGAGUUUCCUUGGCACAUUGAGGCAUGUCACACAAAACAUUGCAGGUGGUCAUAGUUAGAGAGCUUUCAUAUCUGCCAAAUAUGAUAUGUACGUGUUACGUUGCUGGUCCAAACCACUAGAUAGCGAGUAGUGGAAAAUCUACUCGCGUCCCAUGAUGUGAGAGCAAGAUGAGAUGCUUAGAGAAAACAAUGAAAGCCAAAAGAAACAUCAAAAUAAAUCAUUCCAUGAAAGCAAAAUAAAGAUCUAAAUGAGAAUUUAAUGAAAGCUAACCAUUGAUCUCACCUAUACUAAUAUUAUGGGAAACACUGGAGGUGUGCUUAGUCGAAAAAGAAAAGAAAUAACCAACAAAACGUAUAACCUAUAAAAAUUGUCCAAAAUUUGCUGUGUUCGGUAUUUUAUGAGGUAACAUCGAAGGUGUAUGUCAACAUCUUUGGAAAUUAGCUUAUUUGAGGUCAAUCCGAGAGGUUCGUGAGAGGGUAAAUGGCCACCUUCUCAUCUGUGAAUCCAGUAACCCAUUCUCGAUACCCACAUAGCAAAAUAUGAGUCAAUCAAUGUUGAAAUAUGGUUAAGCAGAAACAGUGAAGCCAUGUUGAAGCCUGGUCGGCGACAAACAAAAAACGUUGAUUUAACAUUGAUUAAACAUGGCAUUAGAAUUCGAUGGUUGUUUGAUAGUUGAUCAACCUUUUGGACCAUUAUUCAACAUUGAAUUAACAUACAGUAUAUCUGGGUAAGCCUUCAUUAGCUUGGCAUAGCACAGAUGCUGUGGCGGAUUGCUACAAGUUGCUUACAGUAGGUCUAUAUUUUUACCUUGUGUGGAUAUAACUAUGUAAAAUGAGGUAUUCUUAUAAACAGAUGCAUACAAGGAACUAUAUUUUCAUUUCUGCGAAGUGAUCCCACACGACACUCAAAGACACAGCUGUAAACUCUAUUGUUGCGAGCUAACGUGAUCGCUAACUAUGGCUGACUUUGUAAGAGCACAGUUAUCAUACUAUAACGGUUACUCUGAGACAAAUGAUCCAGAGCCACGUCUUUUCAGGCUAGAACACACCAGAGAAACACUGCUCAGCCAAUCCGACAGACAUCACUGACUUCUCGAAUGCUCAGAUGGCACGUUCAGGUAGCAGCGCUUCCCUAAAUUUACAGUAGCUUCUUAUGUUUACAAGUCUGAUAUCUCACUUUACAUAGUUAUCUCUACACAAGGUGAAUGUAUAAGGGAGAACGUGUCACUUAAGUCUAGCAAUGCACUUCCAGUAACUACACUAAGCUUGGCUAGUGGGGGUUUACUGGAGAGGCCAGGACUCUGGCGUUGGCUGCAAUAAUGUUGGCGCAUCCCUUUAAGCAUAAGUGUGAGGAGAAUCACCGAGAUGAGCAGGAUAAAAAGGAAGAGGACAGUUUUAUAUCAGAGUCCACGUAUGACAACCCGUGUUCCUGGGCUACAGUACAGUAUAUAUAUACAGUAUAUAUAUAUAAAUAUAUAUAUAUAUUAGCAUGAUAUUUAUGAGUGAGAUUAUGAUUUUGUUUUUCUGCAUUCUCAGCGAUAUUUCAUUUCUUUUACACUGUCCUUGCAUAAAUUGUGUGUGAUUUAAUAGAUAUGCAAGCGUGUGAGUUGCAGAUUGUUAGUUUAGCAUGGCAAAAUGCACAGGAACCCGCUCCUCUGUGCUGCCCACAAAACAUUUCCACUGUUUGUAAAAAGAAAAAAAAGAGAAACUUUUCAAACACUGUUGACUUUUGCUGCUUAAAGAUGUCAUCUCUACAUAAUGAAAAGUUAGUACUUUGAGGUCUUCCUUCUCCAUGUCUUGGUCUAAUCUCUCUCUGUGUAUUAUUAUCUGUAAACAAACCUUGUUUGUUGCUCGUCUGUGCUAACAUGGUGUGCGUAGGCUGCCCCCUAGUGUUCAUUGUCUGUACAGGCUUGGAUGAAGAGCCUAGUAGUGGUAAAUUUGUCAUAUAAUAUUCACACAAAAGAAAGCAACUGGCUGGCCUUGUAAGAUAAAACAUGGAUUAAUGUUUUCUAGUUAUUAAAUAUCAAGAUUUUUACAUUGAA